UCCACUAAAAGCAAAGUACCUCGCGGGUUCCACGUUGCCUUUUGAGGAAUCAUUUGAUAGGCCUAUUAACUUUCAUGUAACAUUGUUUCUUGAAGGCAUCCACAGCAAGCGCCUCAGUGUCAUUACUGUGAGAAAUGUGCUUUCAUACUGAACGUCUUUACACAAGUCCUGCAAGGACCUUCGGCAAUCCAUUCAAGCCAGCAAGUUUGGAGAGCGUGUUGAGUUUAAUCAAUUCAUAACGUCGAGAUGGAGCCGAACUCACUGAAGUGGGUGGGCUCAUCUUGCGGUUUACAUGGACCAUAUAUAUUCUAUAAAGCCUUUAAAUUUCACCGGGACGGCAAAGCGAGAAUCCUCGCGCUCGGAGACUUUUUCUUCGUCAGAUGUAAACCCGAGGAUCCUAUUUGCAUAGCGGAGCUCCAGCUUCUGUGGGAAGAAAGGACAAGCAAGCAACUUUUAUCAAGCUCGAAACUUUAUUUUCUGCCUGAGGAUAUUCCCCAGGGACGCACGGUCGCUCACGGAGAGCACGAGGUGAUAGCAGUGUCCGAGAAGGUGAUAGUGCGGCUGGAAGACCUGGUGAAGUGGACGGUACCAGACUUCUCAGGAUGGUCCCACGGUCUGAAGGCCGAGCCCCUCAAACCGUCCGUGCUUCGGGAGCUGGGGACCAAUGGGAGGCGCGAGGCCCUCCACCGCUACAGGGACAGCACCUUGACCAGCGGACUCAACUUCAAGGACGUCCAGAGAGAGCGGGCACAUCUCGGCCAAGAGGAGGACGGACGAAAAGUUUUAGUCCUGAGUUACCCGCAGUAUUGCCGCUACCGCUCCGUUUUGGCCCGGCUACGAGAGCAGCCCUCGUCCCUGCUAAUAGACCACACGGUGCUGGCGCUGGGCGGCAUCGCCGCGCUGGGCGGGAGCACGAGGAUCCUGUACUGUCGCGACACAUUCGAACACCCCACCCUCCUGCAGAACGAGAGCAUUUGUGACGAAUUCGCUCCCAACCUAAAGGGGCGACCUCGGAAGAAGAAGCUGUCCGUCUCUCAGAGGAGGGAGUCCCAGGGUCACGCUCAGGGUCAAGGCUCGACCCCGAGUUCAGCAGCUGUUGGAGCGCAGGAGCCGUCCAGCCCGGAGAGCAAAGCUACAACCAAGGUCAAGCCCAACUGUAAAACGGUACUCAACGGAAAAAUCACCUCCGCAGCCAAGCAAAGGGCCGCCGGCCUCAAUAAGAAAUCCUUAAUUGAGGAGAAGGAGAGGGCAAAAGAGAAGGAGGAGAGAAAGGAGGAGAAGAAAGAGGAGGAAGCAUCAGAGGAGAGCCGGGCGGAGGAGCAGGCUUUCUUAGUAUCGCUGUACAAGUACAUGAAAGACAGAGACACGCCCAUAGAGAGGAUCCCCUUCCUCGGCUUCAAACAGAUCAACCUUUGGACUAUGUUUCAAGCUGCUCAGAAACUCGGAGGAUAUGAGCUGAUCACGGUUCGCAGGCAGUGGAAACACGUGUACGAUGAACUGGGCGGGAACCCCAGCAGCACAAGCGCCGCCACGUGUACACGGAGACACUACGAGAGGCUCCUCCUUCCGUAUGAGAGGAACAUCAAAGGCGAGCAGGACAAGCCCCUCCCCUUGGCCAAACCCAGGAAGCAGGACGGCGGCCAAGAGAAGGCCUCUGUCGCCGGGGCCAAAGCCAAAGGAGUGGGGGCCAAAAAGCUAAAAAGUCCCAACAGUCCAAAGUCGGGGAGCAAAAAGGACCGAGGGGAGAGCGUGAAGGGCCAAGAACAAUCACAGGACUUCAAGGGGAAAGAAGAGAAUCCGGAGCGAGAAUCAGUAACGCAAGAUUCCUCCCUGCAGGACGAGCCCAUAAUAAUAGAGGAGGAGGAGUUACAUCUCACUUUGAAGAAGGAAGAAUCUCUGUCCGCGGAGCAGCCGUCUCUAUUGUGCCCCAAAGAGCCGCGCUGCAGAUCCCCCCACGCCGGCCUCCCCCUCCACAUCAGGCCGGGCCUCCAGUCCGAAUGGAGGAAAAUCAAUGAGCCCAUCUCAUUGAAAGUCACGGGCGAACAACAAACUGAAGGGCAUUUCAUUCCUAAAAAUCCUUACCUGCUUCAUCGCUGGGAUCAGAGUAAAGCGGCGGCUCUGCAGGAGCCCUUCUCUAAGGUCAAAGACUCCGCCGAGCAUCACGGUGGGAGAGUGGGGAAGGUGCUGCCCAUGUGCAAGCAGGCAGAUGGACAAUGUCUAAAUCUGAGCAUAGAUUCUUUACAGGACAAAGAGGACUACGGCGUCGUGAAGAAAGAGUCCGGUCAGAGCCCCGGGCAAGCAGCGGCCUACAGCAAGACCAGUCAGGGGGUCAUGUCCCCGCUGGCCAAAAAGAAGCUCCUCUCCCAAGUGUGUGAGUCCAACCCCUUCUCCUUUUCCCCUCUUCAGCCCUCUCUCUCCACUGGAUCGUCUUUCCCGGUUUUAUCAGUGUCUGAAGAGAAGAGGAAAGGGGAGGACAAGGUGGCGGGGCAGAGGCGUGGUUCGGACGGCGUCCAAGAGGUACCGUCUAUAUUCAGGCCGUCGGUCAUCCAGCACGCUCAGAGCAGCAAGGCUCAACCGAACGGAGGCCCAGCCGAGAGGACCGCUGCCGGGGAGCCGCCGGACGGCUACGGCUGCCGGACGAAUCUGCCGGCCCAGGUCAGCGCGCCGUGGCAACCCUUCCUGCCACGCACCCAAGCUCCGGACGCCGUCGAGAGCAGCGGAGACAAGCUGCUUCAAGUAGCUCAGUCCAGAAGCUUUGCAGGCGACUGCUACUCCUCCCCUCACCUCCACAGUCUGUACAGACAAACGGAGAGCUGCCUGAGCCAGGAGAGGAUGGCCGGCUUCGCCAGCGGAGAGCGGAGGGAGCACUACACCCGAGAGCGCGAGGGCGGGCAGGGCUUUGUUUGUGGCAGCUUGGAGCCGGAGGGCCUGGCCUACAGGUGUAACUACAGCGACAGGACUGAGAGCAGAGAGGCCGACGACGAGCCUCGAGACUUCUCCAUUUCUAAACCUCUGUCUCAGAGGUUCUCCAAGCCCCCCUUUUGUAGUCUCCCCUAUUCAAUCAUGCACCAGAAUUUAGACUCCCAUCCUAAAGCGUGCCGCGUUCCUCCUAUGACAAUCUCUCCCCCCAAACAGAGCUCAGCCGAGUCCAUGCAAUCCUUUCCCAGCCCCAAAGUAUCCGGGGAGUCGUCCCUCUCCAGCCCCCUUCGACCCAGUAAAAGGAGCCUGGCAGAACCCGAGGGCGAGGACGCCCCGGAAAGAAAAGUGCGGGUAGUGACGCCGGUUCAUCCGACCGGCACCGUGAGACGCAGCGACCCCGAGGAACUGAAACCAGCAGAGCCGGCCCACGCCAUCCACCUCAACAAUCACCUACCCGAGGGCCACCCCACGACCACCUUCCUGUCGCCCCACACCGCACACCUCUACCCCGGCAUCUACACGCACGGCAGCCUGGUGUCGCAGGACGGCCUGCGGCAGCACCCGGGCCUGCAGUACUUAAAGAGCCAGUCGGCCGUGUCGCCCCUGGUGCCGCCUCUGACCCUCCACUCCAUGAUGUUCCACAGGCAGCUACUGGCCUCCAGCCCCAGCCCCCACCACUUCUACAGGCACCCUGGCGGGGCGGCGCUGUACGAAGACCUGUUGCACCAUUUUUACCCGCUCUCCACCCUCCCACCGCCCCAGCUGUCCUCGGUACACCCCAGCACCAGACUGUAACCAGACUCUUUGUACGGAGAGUCCAGACGAAACACUGAUUGCCGCAUUCGUCAGUCGGCUCUAUUUUCAUUUUUAUUUUUUUUCUAUUUGUGUAUUCCUUUUGUUUAUAUACUUUGCACUGUUCUUUGUAUCACCACUUACUGUAUCUCUUUACGUUGCUGUCGUAUCCCCGUUUGCACAAAGCUGUUUGUGCUCAGAUCAGGCGACUUGUUGCUCUGGAUGUAGAAAAAAAAGACAGCAGAGAAAAGCCAUGCGUUUGCCUCCUCUGAGGGCUAAACUCGGUUGCUUCAAACACUACAAGUAACUAUGACAGCAAAAAUAUAACUGUGUUCAAACUGCAGCAGCUGUUAUUACUCUCUGUAACUGUUUACAUGGCUGAACUCUGUAGCCUCUGUUUGUGCCACAGCUAAUUUACCCGGACUGCUUUAGAAUAGACGUUAACACUCACUGUGGUGCUGCUUCACACAAGUAUCAUGACACAUCAUUCAGUGGUGCUGUGUGACUUUUUUUAAUUAUUAUUAUUAUUAUUAAUUUCAGCUUUAGUCAAAAAUGAAUGUUUGUUUGUUGAAAAUUUGGCCCCAUAUUUAUUUUUUUUCCCCAGUGUAAUGAAGCAGGCGUGUGCUGCAGAGCGCUCAUAUUUUUUUUAAAAAGAGAAGAAAAUUAAUCAUUUUAUCUUUUCGUUUGAACUUUUUUUUGGUGAACAGCACCCUGAAAAGACCCACUGUAUGAUUUCAUGAGAAUGUUGUCACUUAGGAUUUUACUGCUUUGCAAAUAAAUGUGCCUUUUUGCAGUCUUGGAUUAGAGUUAGCACUACACUUGUUAAGGUUUAUCUUCUGUAGCAGGCUAGGAAUGUCUAUUUCUGUCUCAAAUACAGCGCGCACUCUUAAAUAGAUAAGGCACACUUUGGCUUGUCGACUUAAAGGGUAAGGCACAAAUUUGUAUUAUUAGUUUUUUUUUAUAUAUAAAUAAGUCAAACAUUAAGCCAGUAUUUAGCACCUGUGUCCGAACCCAUCGUCAGACGAUUCAACAAGAUCUUGCAGGAUUUGCCGACAGGUCCACAGUGUGCGCUCUGUGUUCUCGAGCUUUGAUGAAAAGGUACCAGACUCUAUAAAGUAUGCUUACUGUGCUCCACAGCCUGGAGGUGGAAACACAACACCUGCGCUGGCUUUUUUACAACCACUAUAAUUGCAAUUCAGGAUACUCAAAAAAUAUACAGUGUCUGGUGUUUGAAGCGAAAAAAAAAAGAAAAAAAAGCUGUAAAGUUAAAUACUUAAAGACAUUUAUUUCAGAUUACGUACUGUACAUUGCUGUGUGUAGGUAAAACUUGCAUAUAGUACUGGCUUCUGUACAGACCAUUCAUAUGGGAUCAAUUCAUGGCAACCCUCCAGUCUUACGUCUUGUGUAAAUAGCUCUGUAGAUAGCACUGUGUGAUUGUUAUCUAUCAGUUAUAAUCUGUACAUACUAAACAAAAAAAAGUAUAACAGUUGGUUACACAGUUUAACUUUUGUCCUAUUUGCUCUGUUUCAUGAUAAACACUACAAUUUAAAAAAUUAGGAAACUAUUUUUUUUUUUGUUGCUGUUUCACUUUUUUGUUUUUUGCAACGUCAUUUCCAUUCAUGUGUAUCCUAAAAGUGUUUUUGAUACCGUAGCCAUCUGUUUACCAAUCACUCAGCUGGCGAGCAAGAUUUAAAAAAAAAUAAAAAAUAAAAAUAAAGACAUUUUGUAUGGUAUGACCUCCUGUAUAUUUAAUUAAAAUAUUUUACUAUCAA